AUGGCCUUCCGGCUCGAGGUCCCGGACGAGCUGCCCGCCGCCUGCCUGUCCCCGUGCGGGCCGCCCAACCCCGCCGAGCUGUUCAGCGAGGCCCGGCGCCUGGCGCUGGAGGAGCUGGUGGCGGGCGGCCCCGAGGCCUUUGCGGCGUUCCUGCGGCGCGAGCGCCUGGGCCGCUUUCUGAACCCCGACGAGGUGCGGGAUGUGCUGCGCGCGGCCGUGCGGCCGGGCGGGGAGGGCGCGGCGGCGGCGGCGGCGGCCGAGGACUCGUUUGGCUCGUCGCAAGACUGCUCCUCGGGCACCUACUUCCCCGAGCAGUCGGACCUGGAGCCGCCGCCGCUGGAGCUCGGCUGGCCCGCCUUCUACCGGGGCGCGUACCGGGGCGCCACGCGCGUCGAGGCGCACUUCCAGCCCCGCGGCGCGGGCGCCGGCGGCCCCUACGGCUGCAAGGAUGCGCUGCGCCAGCAGCUGCGCUCCGCGCGAGAGGUGAUUGCCGUGGUGAUGGAUGUGUUUACAGACAUUGACAUCUUCAGAGACCUGCAGGAAAUAUGCAGGAAACAAGGAGUGGCUGUGUACAUCCUUCUGGACCAGGCUCAGCUGUCCCACUUUCUGGACAUGUGUAUGGAUCUGAAAGUACAUCCUGAGCAGGAAAAGGAGAUGGGCACCAUCUCCAACCUCCAUAACCCCAUUGCUGGAGAAUCUGUGCCCUCUCUGGGUGCCCUCUGCUCUGGGCUCUGUUUUACAUGGACGGAUGGCAAAUUAAAUAGCAGUAACUUGGUAAUUCUGUCUGGCCAAGUGGUUGAACACUUUGAUCUGGAGUUCCGGAUCCUUUAUGCCCAGUCAAAGCCUAUCAAUUCCAAACUGCUGUCUAACUUCCGGUUCCAUGGCGGGUUUUACCACCUGGCAGACCGGAAACCGUUGUCCAAGACGCUCACGCUGGGCAACUUGCUGCGUAUGCGCCUGGACAAAUUGUCCAGCACGCCCAAGAAGACACCUCUGGGCCCCGGGACUACGGGGGCUGGGGAGGAUGCUCAGCGGCAGGACUCGGAGGCCUCCACCAUCAGCGAGGAUGACUACCUGCAAAGCCACCAGGAUGACCUGGACAGCAGCCAGGGGGUCCAUAUUGCCACUCAAACAGAACCAGGAGAGGAGCUGGCUGCGGUGAGCGUGAGCGAGGUGGGGACACAGACCAGCUCCAGCACCGCCUCUGUGGGGACCCAGACUGAGGUGGCCACCAGGGCUGUGAGCUCCCAGACUGUGCUGUGGUCCAGGGAAGCCACCACACAGACAGAUGCUGAGGACAGCAGCCUCCCUCCCCAGGGACCCCAGUCCAAAGAUGGGUCACCUGUGUCAAAGAUGUCUGUGUCCAGGUCGUCUAGUUUGAAGUCAUCCUCCUCUCUGUCUUCCCAAGGCUCUGUGGCCAGCUCCAUUGGCUCCCACGCUUCUCUGAGAGCCACCGACCUCCACAAUCCUGGGUACCCCAAUUACCUGGGCACCCCGCACCUGGAUCUGUGCCUGAGGGACUCGCUGAGAAACUUGAAUCAAGAGCGACAGCAUCACCUGACCGGCAUCAGGUCUCGCCUCAACCACAUGCUGACCAUGCUCUCCAGGAGAACGAUCUUUACUGAAAACUACCUUAGCUUUAGCCCCGGAAGUUACACCCGAGCCUCAGUGAAUUUAGUUGCUAUUAGAGAUGUCCCUCUCUUUUCUACCCAUCAAUGAUUCUGGGUCCAAGUACAAGCAGUAGGCAGUACCUUACCUUCCUGCUUUGAAAGCCAUCGCAGGAUUCCAACUGCUGCCUGGCUGUGAGUCACCACAAGUGACUUGAAUUCAAUUUUAUUCUGCACGUUACAUGCUUUUCUUUUUGUAUCAUAGAAACCAAAGAUUGGUAUUAUGGCUUAAACACUAUGGGUAUGGGUUUUUUUUUUUUUUGCACAUUUAAAAAUGUUAUUAUUUAAAAAAAUAUGUAGGUGUUUUAAGGUUAAAUCAUUGCAAAGGAAAUGUUCCAUGUUUUUCUUUGUGUGUAUACUCUUCUGCCUUAGAAGUUUCAGUCACUACUGUUUUUAGGAUCAAAGUUCUGUUUAGGAAAGUUUUGCUGUGGUUUGUCUCUUAGAUGUAUAUUCUUAGCAUUAA